AUGCACGAAUUAUUUCUUACAGCAAGCGUUCCAAAUGAUGAUUUGACCAGAGCCGUACGGAUUCUUCAGGGCUUCUGUGGGAUGAAACCUCAAGCUUUUCUCUGCCGCCGUCUCAUGUGGGAAGGCCCAAGGCUUCGGACUGGACUGAAAGGAAUACCCGGGGAUGUCAUUAGCAAGCAAACGCCAGCGAAACAACCGCUGUGGAAGACUCUUCAUGAGCAGCUUGUUAGGCAAUCUUACGUCGUGGCACUAGUCUACGAAAUUGAGAAGGGUGCGUUUGGACAGUCCACAGAACAGCAAGACGAACGACCUAAUCACUCACUCCCUUCGACUUGUGAUCAAUCUCCCGGUACGCUCAGGUGGAAUGAGCUGCCUGACCCAGUAGACGCGAGGCCUGUCAACACUCGGGCUAUGCUGCAAAUUGAUAAUGAGAGGGGCUUAUGCUCAACAAUGAAGUCGAUAGGCUACAGAUUCACAGGACAAAUGGUUCAGGAGUGCUAUCGCUUCAUCAAUGGGAACGUGAUCUUUGAUCUGAGCCGCUACCUUCAACUUCCCGACGACUCUCAAGCAUCGGAUUACAACUCACCAUUACCCGCAUUUGAGACCCUGACGCCAUUUGAUGAAGAGAACAAAUGGAUUCUAAUGAUAAGUGUCAGAGUGGUUAAUGGCAAAGAUCCAGACCAGGCGCAACAAGCAGUGUCGGAGCUGAUGACUACCAGAAGCGAAUUUGAAGGUUGCUUCAAUUUCCACAUGGUAGCCCGGCUUACUAUGGAUACCAGAACGAGAAUGACCUAG